AUGUCUACUUUAACCUUGGCCAACGGAAUCACGUAUCACUACACAGACAGUGGACAACCGAUUGAGAGCCAAUAUAAGACUCUCAUCCUUAUCCAUGGGCACUCAUUCAACAGUGGAAUAUUUCGGAAACUCCUACCUCUGGCCCCGUCUCAGGCCCUGAGACUGAUAUGCAUCGAUCGAAGAGAGUACAACGGGUCUACUCCCUUUACUUCUGAAGAGCUGCGUAUCAUCAAAAACGGAAACGACGAAGAACGGGCAUCUUUUCUUGCUGAGCAGGGUCUCCUCAUAGCUUUGUUCAUCGACGGCCUUAUUCAAAACCUGGCUUUGCCGAUCCAUUGUGGCGGGGCCAUUUCGGGAUGGUCUUUAGGAAACCUAUAUUCUUUGGCCAUGAUCAAUGCCAUAGAUCAUCCUAAGCUUCCCCAAGAUGUGCGAGAAAGAUUAAAGGUUUUUUUGUGGACGUACAUCAUAUGGGAGAUUCCGUCGUAUAUCCUCGGCAUCGAAAGCCCUCCAGGUUCCUAUGUCCCGUUAUGGGACUACGACUUGCCUGAGGAAGACCGAGGGCCAGUGUUUGGUACAUAUAUUUCUAGCUUCUUCGACCACGGCACCGACGUACUCGCUGGACACAACAUACCCCUCCUUAACCAUCGCAAUCCAACUCCAGGAACAUCCACAAUCGAAAAAAUGACGCAAGAAGAAAUUCUUUCGAGCACAAACUUCCUUGUGGGACCCAAAUGUGAUACGAUCGUCCUUGAACCUCCGUACUAUGGAACACACCGCACGAACCUCCGGAAAGCACUUCUUGACGAUAUUUCGAGUGUCGAUAAAUGGGGGAUGGAUGUGUGGCAUAUCUAUGGCGACAGUUGUAGCUGGAACGUGGUGCUUUCGCCAUGGAUCUUAGAAGAGCAAUGCUUGAAAGCCAACAAAAAGGUUCAUUUCAGAACAAUUGCCGACGCAAAUCAUUUUCUGAUGUGGGAGGACCCGGAGCGUGCUAUCGCCGUAUUAAAGGAAUGUCUGGUCUGA